AUAUCUCUAGAUAAACACAUAAAAAAUGCAACUUACCUAGUACAUUCCUGUACCACAUUUAAAGCUUCUUGGUUAAGUUGUUCCUGUUGUAUUUUGUGCAGUUCUGUUUGAGCAAGUUGGGAAUGAUUAAAAUGCGUCGAAAUUCUUUUGCAUUUUGAUAAUAAUAUUUUGAUUCCUUCAUCACAAUCUAACAUAGUUCGCACACAUAAUUGUAAUUGGUGUACAGUACAAUUGAUAUCAGGUAUGUCAGCGAGUCUCAUUGCUCGUAUCAUGUUAGAUCCAGAAUCGCGAACAAAACAGUGAAUUUGGUCAUUUGUUAUGCCCCAUUCCAUUAACAUUUCAUUAAUUUUUUCUUGGAUUUGGUCUCCUGUGUGUCUUUCAUUAAAUGUGUGACAUUUUAAAAUAAUUUUUAUCCUUUUAAAAUUUUCGUUGAUGCCGUGAGCUGUUAAACUCAAUAACGAUACAUUUGAACUAGGUUCGCUCCAAAUAUCUGUAGUAAAUGACAUUUUCUGAAAUUGUUUCAGCAAGUCUUUUAUAUUCUUCGCUAGUCUUUCAUAUAACUCGCCACAAAUAUAAUCUGUGAAAAACUGUCUUCCCCUUAACUGAUAAUUCGGCACCAUGAACUGUAAGGGCUAUAUUUCACCGGGACACCAUGGCGGCGCAACCAGUUGCGCCACCGUGGUGUCCGUAAGCUACCAAACUGGACACCAUACAGACACCAGAGUCGCCACACCACACUGAGACAGUAUCAAAAUGGACGUUGAAGAGACAGCACUACUGCUGUAUGUACGUAGGAGAAGAGAGUUCAAGAGAAAAAAGAAACAGUGGUGGGUUCAUCCUUAUUUAGCCGAUCGCUGUAAGAAAGGACAAUUCGUCAACAUAUACGCCGAUCUAAGAAGAUAUCCGGAUAAGUUUUUUAAUUAUGUGAGAAUGUCCGUGAGGUCCUUUGAUGAGUUACUGACUUUGUGUGAAAAUGAUUUGUUAAAGCAAGACACAAUAUUAAGAAAAUCAAUCAGUCCUGAAGAAAAGUUGUUUGUAACAUUAAGGUACCUCGCAAGUGGAUGUACGAUGAGAGAAUUGCAUUAUAGCUUUCGUCUAGGACAAACAACAUUAAGCACAAUAAUAAAAGAAGUGUGUGCUGUGAUUUGGGAUAACUUGCAAACAUGUUUAUCACUUCCGGCUACUGCAAAUGACUGGAUGAAAAUAGCAGAUGGUUUCGAAAAACAUGCCAACUUUCCACACUGCAUCGGUAGUAUCGAUGGAAAGCACAUAAGACUGAUUCAACCUGCUGAUUCUGGUUCGAUGUAUUAUAACUAUAAACACUUUUUUUCAUUGGUGCUGAUGGCUGCAUGUGACGCUAAUUAUAAUUUCAUUUAUAUAGACGUCGGUGCCUAUGGGAAAAGUAGCGAUUCAGCAAUUUUCCAAGAAACUGAAUUGUAUAAGAAACUCAUAAGUAAUACUUUAAAUAUUCCAGAGCCCCUACAAAUUUCAGAAAAUAACCCAACGCUUUUCCCUUACGUAUUUAUAGGCGAUGAAGCAUUCGGGUUGAGCACAAAUAUUAUGCGUCCAUACGGAGGAAACAACCUCAGUGCCGAAAAGAAAAUUUUUAACUACAGACUAUCGAGAGCUCGCCGUUACAUCGAGUGCACAUUUGGCAUCUUAACAAAUAAAUGAAGAAUUUUCCACAGACCAUUAAAUGUCCACACAGAAUUAGCAAAAUCCAUUGUGAGAACAUGUUGUGUGUUACACAAUUUUGUACGUUCUAGAGAUGGAUAUUCAUAUGAUGAUACUCUGACAAUAAUGGGCUUUCAAACAACAACACAGCAAAAUUUCAAUAGAGGAGGGCGUGCUGCUACUACCACUCGAGAUAAUUUUACACAUUAUUUUGUAAACGAAAACCCACUUCCAUGGCAAAAUAAUUAUAUUCAUUAAUAAAUACAUACACAACUUACAACGAGCUUUUGGCUUUCCAUGUUACACCAGAAGCAUCAUGAACAUUUAUUGAUUGACAAAUUCAUUCAGAAAAAUAAAUGUUGUUUACUUACCAAA